GGGACGGCGGCCGGGGGCGGACAAUGGGGGCGCGGGGAGGUGGCAGCAGGAAAAUGGCAGCGGCCGGAGGCACCGCGAUGCGCUCGGCGGCUGUGGGAGCCGCGCGGCUGCCGCUGUCGGCCUGUCUGCUGGCCGCCGCCGCUUCGUUGGCUGCCGUCAAAGUAUCGGCAGUAGAAGUCACCACACCAGAGGAGAUGCUUGUGGAGAAUGAAACGGACGUAAAGCUUCCAUGCACAUUUACAUCUUCAGUGGUCAUCAGCAGUGCAGCAUCUGUUUCUUGGAGUUUUCAACCAGAGGGAGCAGCAACUCGUAUCUCAUUUUUCUAUUACUAUAAUGGAAAGCCGUACACUGGAAAGGACAUACCAUUUAAAGACAGGGUCACUUGGGCUGGAGAUCUUAACAAGAAAGAUGCUUCUAUCAGUAUAUCAAACAUGCAGUUCCAGGACAAUGGCACUUAUAUUUGUGAUGUCAAGAACCCACCUGAUAUUGUUGUCAAACCAGGAGAAAUCCGGCUUAGAGUUGUGGAGAAAGACAGCCUGCCUGCGUUCCCCAUUGCCAUGGUGGCAGGGAUAGUCAUCGGUACGGUUGCAGGUCUCACACUGCUCAUCUCUAUUGUCGUGUGUCUUGUUAUGAGAAAGAACAACUCUAAAAAACGUUACUCUGGCUGCGGUACAUCUGAGAGCUUGAUGUCACCAGUUAAGCAAGCUCCGCAGAAGUCGCCCUCCGACACAGAGGGUCUGGUAAACAGCGUACCCGCCAGAUCACACCAGGGCCCAGUCAUUUACGCGCAGUUAGAUCACUCCGGAGGACAGCACAGUGACAAGAUUAACAAGUCAGAGUCUGUGGUCUAUGCUGAUAUUCGGAAGAACUGAGAUACGAUCCUAACCUGUCUAUAGCAAAACACUCAUUCAGACUGGAAUUACUUAAACAAAAUUUGACCCAGAGAACUCACAUGUGGCCUUUGAUGCCUAGGCUAGGACCAAUGCAUGUGCAUACAGAGGGAAAGAUAUAUAUGUAUUGUGUGUAAAUAGUCUAUUUAAUCGUAGAGAAGUGAGACCAAUGUUGCAUGUUGAAAUGCGCUAAGAAUUCUGCUUAUAAAUUGCCAAUAUUCUUUUUGUAUCUUGUAAGAUGAGAAAGUGCAAACUCACAUCACAUUUUAAGAAUAUUUUUAUUGUAUCAAUGGAGAAACUGGAAGAUGCCUGAAGAUUCUACAUCAAUCUGGAGAUUUUUUUUUUUUUUUGUUUAUAAGGUCUAAUUUCUUUCACUGUCUUUGAGGUGAAUACAAAAAAGGUAACUUUCACAGGGUAUUCAUAUUUUCUUGGUCAGGUUAUGACUACAAAAGCUGCCUUCUCCCGUGAGGUAGAUGUUCUCAUUUGGUCUUGUAAGCAGAAUUUAUAUUCUUUCAUCAGGAUCAUGCUUGACUGGUUGCUUAACGACACUUGCUUUUGUUCGAAAUGUUGCUAAAGUCGCAGUGAAUCCUGCUGCUGCUUUCCCUAUCAACUGGGCUGUUUCUUCCAAAUAUUUGUUUUACACUUAGCAAGAAACAGAAGCUUAGUUGAUGGAGAACCUUUGUUUUAAUCUGCCUGUGCUUAUUACUGUGCAUUACCACCUUUCUCCCUAGACAUUUUCAAGUAAAAGGGAGAAAUGUGAUGAAUUUAAUGAUCAAACACUUGGUGCUACAAGAAAAUAGGACUGUCUGCCUUUUGCUCUUAAGUCCUUAUUUGUUUUUGUGGGGCUUUUUUUUUGUUGUUGUUGUUUGAUUGUUUUUCUGAUGGGAUCUACUGAAGAAUCUGAGCACAAUCCUGCUAUUUCUGUUGCUAACUAUGGGAAACGUAUGAUUUCAUCGGUUUUCUUUAGGUACAGUUCAUAUAGUUCGUAUCGCCUAUUUGGAGAAGUGUCAUUGCAAGGAUUCAUGCAGCCUUCGUACGAAGGCAUAUUGAAGUUUUGUUUUAUUUUGUUUUGUUUUGUUUUUUAAUGCUGAACUUUUUUUUAGGAAAGAAACAAACUCUUCCCCAUAGGAAUAGUAGGAAUCAGUCUCAAGUGUGAUGGACAGCUUCUUUGAGCUGCCUGGUCCAGUGCUUUACUACCCUCUGAGUAAAGAUUUUCCUCUUAACGUCUAAUCUAUAUUUUCCCUCUUUUAGUCUAAAACCAUUCCUCCUUGCCCUGCCCAUGUAAAAAGUUGAUCUAUCUCCUGGCUAUAAGUUCCUUUUUAAGUACUGGAAGCUCCUUUUGAGUACUGUAAGUUCUGGAGACUUUCCAGAACGAGGUGAAAUUUAGGUUAGAUGCUAGGAGGAAAUUCUUUACUCAGAGGGCAGUGAGGCACUGGCACAGGCUGCCCAGAGAAGCUGUGGUGCCCCAUCUCUAGAGAAGCUCAAGGCUGGGUUGGAUGGGCGUUGGGCAGCCUGAGCUGGUGGAUGCAGCCCUGCCCAUGGCAAACAGUUGGAACUGGGUAGUUUUUAAGCUCCCUUCUAACCCAAGCCAUUCUGUGAUACUGUGAACUUGAGGCAGCAUGAGACAAAACUAUUGUGAACUUUUGGUCACUCAGGUUGUGUUAGCUUGUUUAUUUGGAUAUGAUAGCCUGUGCUGAUGAGAGGAGCUGAUGUUUAGUUGGUUUACUUAGUAAAGUCUCAAGUGACAGAUGACUUCUAAUUUCCUUGAUGGGUAGCAAGCAGAGAUUGAAGUCAGACAGAGUCAUCAGACUGUGAUGUUAUGGUGACCAGAAGUUCAAUCAGGUGUUCUCUACUACUAUUUUCUUAAUUCUUCAAUGCUGUUUUGCAGGUGGAAAAUAACAGCACAUACUUUUAGGAAAAUGAAGUGUAUUGUCCUUAACCAGUGCCCAUACCGCUGCUAGCUCUUUUUAGUUCUGUCUGCUUUGAAAAGACUUUCUUUGAAAAGAAAGCUGAAGAACUGAAAAGAUUCUUGAGGCAAUAGCAAAUGACUGUUAGGUGAGCGAGCACUCAUAGGUGAUGGAUCUGGGGAAGGUCUGCACGAUGUAAAAGAUUUACAAUGAAUUCUCUGCUGUGAGGGGGAAAAAAGUAAGCUUUUACACUUAAAAGUGACCUUAUACGCAUUAUAGGAACACAGUUUGGGAGUGCCAGCUUGGGCUCUGGCUGCUGAGCUGGCUUGCAUCCCAUAGAGGCAGGAAUAUGAACGGCAUCACUCAUCUUUGUCAUCCCCUCUUCUGAACAGAAUUGCAAAAUGAAGAGUUCUGCCUCUACUAGCAGUAGAUAUAUUCUUCUUUAUUACUGAUUAGCAGAAAUAAGUUUUGAAUGGUAUUAGGUGUAAUUAGAUUGACGUAAGAAAAUCAGCAGCUAUACUCAGUACAUCAAAUCUCCAUUGCCUUUUUUGUCUUCAGCAGUUGUUCUGUGCAGGAUAUUAUCAGUGUGUUCAUUAGAUGGCACUAAAUUGCAUUUUAAUGAGCACAUUAAACGUGUUCAUUGAAGAACCACUACAAGUUGGCAUAUAUGUCCCUAUAUUUAACUACACAAUGAUAGCUGGAGACCUGUAUGAUUUUGGUUUGUUUGGUUGUUUUUUUUUUUUUUUUUUUUUUUUUUUUUUUUUUUUUUUUUUUUUUUUUUUUUUUUUGUUGUUGUUUUUUUUUUUUUGAAGCUUUGGUGCUGUUUCAGGUUGUGAGAAAAUGAGCUGGAAAUAAGUUAUCAGCUUUUUUAAACCCGUGAGAACUGCUUAGGUAACCAUCUGGUAACUGCAGUGAAUGUAUAUAUGUGGCUUAUAAGCUGCGUUGCUGUAGAAUGGAUUCAUUGAGGUAAAAUGCAGGCCAUUUGAUUUAUGACCAAAAUACUUUCAGGCUGAUUCAAAAUUUUGUCUUGGAUUUUUACAUUAAUAACUACCAAGGACUUCUAAUACAAACUCUUCUUAUGUACAGCAGGUGAUGGAAUUACGUUCCUUUUAAAACUGUCAAACCUGAGAAGGUGGGUAAGACUUCUGGGCUGUGGCCAUAGCCCUGUGGUGCUAAUAUUUAGGUAACAAACUACGAAAUCAUAUAAUGAUGCUCAGUACUUGUACUUUUCCAAGGCUUCUCUUUCCCUGCUCUUCAUUGCCCUAAAGCUACUAAACCCUUUCACUUAAAGGUGUUCUUGCACUCUAAAACACAAGUUCAAUGCCUCUUGAGAUCAGUGUGCUGUGCAAUCUUUUCUGUCUCCCUACAAUGGCAGCUCUUUUUGUGUGGUAAAUAUAACUGGGAAUAUAGACUGGAUACUUUUCAUAAACCUCCAUCUCAGAGGUACGUGGGAGAACAAACACCUGUAAGACAGGUGUAUAAUCUGUGUGAGGGAGCUAGAUAUGCAUUGCAUGGCCUGACUAUGUGAAGAUCCUGUAUAUCAACGGUUAGUGCUUUUGCUUUUACAGACUCAUCUGGAAAGUUAUCAUGGAUAUUUUUUCUUGAAUGGACUUUCAUGUUUUCUGUUGUAAUCUUGUGAAUAUUUUAAUACACUUAUUUCCCCACCCA